AUGCGAAAGUCGAACAGCAUCUUUCUGGCUGUCAUCGCUACCAACGAUCUGCUAGCUGAUCAAUUUGAUAUGACGAAGGCAAAGGAGCAAGACCCGACGAAGAUCCGAACGCUUGGUGUGAUAACAAAGCCAGACGUGUUCCUCGAGGUUCCUUUCAGCGAGGUGGAGUGUCCGAACCUUAUCACUUUCUUCAACGACAAGAGACUGCUCACAUGCGGGCUAUUGGCCGGCAAAUCCUCUGCAACCGCGCAGCAUUUGAGGAUGAUCUCGGGCUCAGUGGAGGGUGAAUCUCCCGCGUAA